GCGUGGCUUCUUGCCGCCGUCUGCGUCACGCCCCUCUCACGGACAAAAUGGAGGAAACACUCCGUGUUUGUUUGUUUGUUUGAGUGCAAUAGAUAUUAAUAAUAAUCAAUAAUACAUUUACUAACGUAAAUCAGAGCGUGCAUGUAAAAGCAGACAUUACGCUGUGUGGAGUGAGCCUGCGUUGAAGGAUUUGAUAUUGGUUGAUAUUAGCUGUCAACCACUCAGUCACUAUGGUGAGAAAACAAAGGGCUGAAGAAGAGAGAAAACGACCUGAAGUUCAGCUCUCGUUUGAUGGAUGAGGAAGGCUCCAGCGCUGCGACGGUCAACAAGUCCUGGGGCUUCCGCCGGACCACCAUCGCCAGGCGGGAGUUCAUGCAAGCCGUGGGCUCGGUGGACAGCAGCCCUCCGGUCCAGCGCCGCAGGGGACGGCCGCCCCGGGGACGGGGACGAGGGCGGGGUCGGGGGGGCGAGGACGCCUGCCUGCACUCACUCCUGCAGCCGAUCGCUCAAGCAGUGAGAAUGAAGCUGGGGAAACUGUGCCGUGUGAGGAGUUCAUCAGUGAAGGAGUCCCGUCAGAUCGAGCCGAAGACAGCGAUGAUCUCAACCUCCAAGAGAUUCGGAAGAGGGCUGUGGCUCGAAAGAUGCAGGAACUCAAGCAUGAGGCUGAUGCUGCUGCCCAAGGCCCAGCAGAUCUGGACGCAGGGCUGGGGUUACUGCUGCAGUCAGAAGACCCAUCAGGAGGAGGAGAGGUGUGCUCCUCCACAGCCACUUCUGGAGCUCAGGACACCACUGCAGGGGGAAGAGCACUGGAAGAACUGCAGGAGUUAUCUGAAAACAGUGAGGAAGACACUGAGAGGAACAAUCCACACGCUGUCUGCUGCACAUGUCAGCAAGGACACAGUAACAGGUCGAUGAUCUGCUGUGACUCCUGCCGAACAUGGCGUCAUGUCGACUGUGCUGGUGUCGCAGAGACUUGUGCUCAUCUCCUGCAGAGAAACGGAGGAUAUGUUUGUCCCUCAUGCUCUAAUGACCAGGACGCCAUGAGAACCAACGGGCUUAGCCAAAAAAGUGAAAUCGACUCCACUCAUAUGGUGGAGGUUAAGCAGCCGGUGGAGGAUGAGAUGAAGGAGGCUUUACCCAAAUGCAUUGGUCCAGGCUGCAGUAAUGACUCUCUGCCCGAGUCAGUGUACUGUGGUCAUCAGUGUAUUGUGCGGCACGCAGCGGUGGCAAUGAAGUCUCUCUCUGAACCCAAACUUGAGACUAAGCCUGCUGCCCCACCAGCUGACCUGCCUCUCAAGAGCGAGAAACGAUCAUUUCUUGCAAAGCUUUUCAAGGUGAAGAUGAGUAAGACGCCGGCUCAGGAAGAAUGUGUGAGCAAGCAAGAAAAGGAUGAAGAGUGUCCGUGCUCUGCUGCAGCUGUUGAGCCUGUGGGAUCCUCUCCUGCUCCAGAUCACAAGCCCAGUAUGUGUCAUAUACUCUCCUCACAGACACAGGGACACGCACAUUUACAUUCACCCGUUACAGAGAAAGUUGAAGUCGAGUGCAGUAGCAGCACACCACAGAUCAACCCUUCAGAUGUGACUCCAGACGUGUCCUCUUCUGAAAAGGUUCCUGCAGCUCCACUAAUGAAGAAGUCCACUCCAGGAAGAGCAAAGAAAACCAUGCCAGGCUCUCCGCGACUGGAGCUUCUGAAAGGGGCUCUCGGCAGAAGCGCUUUAUCUAUCCCUAAAAAGCCCUGUGAAUCCAAGGCACCCGUCGAGUCCAGCAAAGCUGCAGAAGUGGUUACCUGCGGCCCCUGGGAGCUGGAGCCCGCUGCGGCCCCUCGAGCCAGUCCUCUCCUGAUGAGACAAAACAUUCGCCGCUCGCUCAGUACAGUUCUCUGCAGAAGGUUCAGUCAGACUGAUGAUUUGAAGAUUUCUGAGAGUGAAAUUGAAAAGAUGGCUGUGGACAUGGAGAAAGAGAUGUUCAAUGUGUGUUACACAACAGAUGAGGACUAUAACAAUAAAUACCAGUAUCUUGUGCUCACCCUGAAAGAUCCCCAAAACAAGGAGCUGUGUCAUCAGGUUUUGAAAGGACACAUGCCUUCAGCGAAGCUCAUUCAGUUGAGUCAGCAGGAGGAAUCCGCUGCUGAUCCACUGCUUCAGACCCCUGUGAAGGAGGAGUUGGGCCUUUUAUCUGAGGAUGUGGAGGAACCAGCUACUACUCCUGAGAAAGUGAUGUCACCGAGCACAAGCACUCCUUCAGAGGAGAAAUGGUCUCUGAAGCUGCCUCAGGCGAAGGAAAUAUGCUCAGGUGCUCCAGAUGUGAUCAGCUGCAUGCUGAAAGACACGACAGGAGAACAUAAGCGCCAUCUCUUUGACCUUAAUUGCAGGAUAUGUACAGGACAAGUAUCCACUGAUGAUGAUCCCGAAAGCAAGAAACCCAAGAUGCCGAUGGUGAAAGAGGAGACCGAGGAGGAGAAAUCUUCAGGGGUUGUUCGUGUGAUGGAUGAAGCGCUGGACUCUGAUAUAAUCGAGUCCCCUGCUUCUCCCAGCGGGGAGGACCUACACUCACAGACACCCUCAGCAGACUUCUCUCCUGUGUUGAUACCUUCAGUUCCCACUGUGUCCAUCUCGAGAAGAGACCCCCGUACGGCACAAUACCGACAAGCUGCGCCACCGUCUGAGGUCCCGGAGCCGGCCUCAGUCCCGCAGCAGCCUCCUGUGAAGAACACACCAGAGCCUCUGACAGAGACACUUCCAACACGUGUGUCCGCACCUCUGUCUGCUCCUAUGCCCAAAUCAAUCCUCAUGAAACCUUCGCCCGCUUCUCUGGAUACUGCAUAUGGCUCAACCACAAGGCUGGCAGAAUGUGAUAAAGGGACAAAACAGUUUUUAUCCCAACAGAAUAUUUUAUGGAAAGGCUUUCUUAACAUGCCCACUGUGGCCAAAUUCGUCACAAAGGGAUACUUGAUUUCUGGCUCUCCUGACUUUUUAAAAGAGGACUUACCAGACACCAUACACAUUGGAGGAAGGAUAUUACCUCAAACUGUGUGGGAAUAUGUUGAUUUGAUAAAGACAUCAGAGGCGAAGGAGCUGUCAUUAAUCCGCUUCCAUCCGUCAUCUGAAGAGGAAGAGGUUGCAUAUGUCUCUCUGUUUUCAUAUUUCAACAGUCGUAGGAGAUUCGGGGUUGUUUCUAAUAUUUGUAAACACAUCAAAGAUCUUUACCUCAUUCCUCUGAGUAAAAAACAGUCCAUCCCUGCAGUGCUUCUUCCCAUUGAUGGACCAGGGCUUGAGCAGAAUCACCCUAAUCUCCUAAUGGGGUUAGCAGUCUGUCAAAAGCCGAAGCGUCCAGAGGCAGUACCUCAAGAUGUUGGCGAAAAGACUCCUAGGUCCUUGAUGUGUUCGGAUGGGAAGGGAACCAGCAGUCCCAUCUCACUAUGUGAUCCUGGACAGCAUAGCAUUAAAGCUUGUGAUGCUGGCAUACUCCUCAGCUCAAAUCCUGCUGGAUCUUUACCAGACCCAUCAUGCCCUGCCGGCUCUCUGUGGGCCCCCAGCGUGCCAAAUCCCAGCCCAUCCGUUCAUGCGGGCCCAUCCAAAGACUCCACCAAUAACACCCCACUCCAGACCAUCCUUAACACAUUAUUUGGGCAAAAGAAACAGCCCUCAGAUGUCACAGAGUGUAAGAUAAGCUCAUUAACAGAUAGUGUUAGUGUAGAACAGACUUGCAAAGAUGAUGAUGCAUUGAUAUUAGGUGAUGACAGGCCUUACGAUCCUGAGGAGUAUGAUCCAGCAUGUUCUAAUGAGGCCAUGGGUUCCUUCAGUCCAGCUGAGGUUUCGGAACCUAAAGGUCCUUCAGCAGUGACUGAUGAUGAUGAUGAUAGACCUUAUGACCCUGAGGAGGAGUACAGUGCAGCUGGUAGUGGUGUUACUGUCAGAAAUAAUACACAGAAAGCAUCAGAGGCUAAACACACAGAGGAGUCCUCUAUAGUUAGCAGUGAUAUAGCUUAUGAUCCAGAGGACGAGACAAUGUUUGAGGAGAUGCAAAGUUACCUCACAAGUAAUGCUAUACCUCACAAGUCCACCGUAUGUGAAAAUAACAUGUCACAUUACAAGGAAAACACCUCAGUUACAACAUUCACUGAGCAGCAAAAGAUCCUAGAAGAGUUGAACAGGCAGAUAGAGGAACAGAAAAGACAGCUAGAAGAACAGACAGAAACUCUGCGCCUACAGAAGGAAGCCAUCGGUGUUUCCAUGGCCCAUUUCUCUGUUUCUAAAGCUCUCAUGUCACCAACACGGUUUGAUGGGGAUGAAGAGGAAAGCAUAGAAAACAUACCCUACUGUCCAAUAAUUCAUCAGAGUAGGGAUCCACGGAUGUGUCGAAAAACAAGCCAGGAUAUGCCAGCUGAUGAUGCUGAAUGUGAGGCUAUAGAUAAAGAAAGAGUAGAGAAAAUAUUAAACACAGAGGAAGUAGUCCUGAACAAAUCUUUUACCACUAAGAAAGAGAAAUUAGUUACAGAUAAAGGGAAACCCAAAGAAGGAUCACCAGACACUAAAAGUGCACAACAAAAGAGCACUAAAUGCUCACAGUCAGAGUACGCACACAAAAAUCAAGGCAGUAGAAGGUCCACACUGAGCACAUACAGGUCAUCAAGGAGGAGGUCGUGGCAGGAACACAGGUCAUACCACCAAGACCGGGCAUCUUCAAGAGCUUCACGGACCGUUAGAUCCUCAAAGGACGACUCGGACAAACACCACAGAAGCAGACACUCUGCUGGGCAUCUCUCCAGCACACGUCACUCGGACAAAAAAGGAGUGACGACAUCAAGGAAGAGGCAUUAUCACCAUCACAGAGACUCCUCUUCACCCCCACGCUAUCGCCGGAGGUCUCAUUAUUCCCCCGUCUCGCACUCGAGCCGGAGAGACAAAUCUUCACAGGACGACAGUGACCAGUCCCGCAAGACUGACCUGUCAGAGCAAAACAUCAAAUCUGCACAACACGAAUCUGGCCAGGUGCCAGACAGUAGCAUUCAAUCCACAAUCACAUCAGGACAGAGUGCUAGAGUAGAGGGGGAGGCUGCUAAUUGCAAAGACAGGUGCUUGGCAGAAGUUCAGAAAGGUGCUCCUCCAAAUACAAAACACGAGGCUGAUCAGAAGCAGGGACUUAAGACGUUCCAAAAUCCUGGGGAGGGUUGUUCACAACCUCUGUUAAAUAAGUCAUAUGAAAACAAGCAGACACAUUCAGUCCUGUCUGAAAUGAAGAGGGAGAACCAAACUGACUCCGCACUACUUCCUACACCCUGUCUUGCCCAUGGGGCUACAGACUUGCCUUUAGACAGAGACUCACCAGCGUUACAGCCAUCUGGAAUUCAGACGAUCGUUUUUCACCAUGAUACUAAUCCAACACAUAAUCAAACAGAUACUUUUUCUGAGCCUGUCCAGAUCGACCAAAAGAGAAACAUGCCAUCAAUGCAAAGGCCAAAUUAUUCACGUAAUGAGACAGACAAAUUACAUUCAGGAGAUUACCCUCAAAGAUCUUUCCAUUCACAAUAUAGAAAUGUAUCACAAACUGACACAGAUCAAUUCUCAUCCAGAGAACUGCCUCAAAAUAAAAGAGGAAAGUUCAUGCUUGAUGCAGACAACAACAAUCCACCUCAUACAUCUCACAAACAGGAAGAAUUCUCCACAGCCAGUUUUGUUCACCAAAACCCUCCAAACCACAGGCCCAGAAGGUUUCCAAGGAAAGCGGCAGAUCAGGUUCAUCAAAGCCAGCCACCCAGGCCUGACCAGUUACAUGAGUGCGACUUUGAAGAACCUGAAACCACUGGAUUAUGUCACAAAAAAUACACAUCUUAUAAACAAGGGCAGAAUUUUCAUGAGGAUGAAUCAGUCCAGUUUCAGCAAAGAGAGUCACUAUUAGGGCCUCCUCCUGUGCACAAGGGCAAUUUCAGACCUCCUAAUCCUAGAGAGCACUUUCACCCUUCCACCUUUGAUAAGUGGAAGCCUUCGAGAGGGCGUCCUUCUUUAAUGAAACGGAGAAGUCCUGAAUUUGCUCAUCCGCCUAGGGAUGGUAAUUCUGGUAGUUCUACUAACUUUGGACCUAGGGGCCAAUCCUCAGGUUUUGGGAGGUACGAAGGCCCGACUAAAGAUCUUCAACCCAGUGGACCAUUUGCAGAAGAGAUGUUUGAGAGUCCGGGACCUGCUGGACCCAUUGGAUCAAAAGACCCGUCUCCAAGACCGUGUUCUUUUAGGCGAGGUAGGGGUAGACACAGGGGUUCACGUCAGGUAAUGCAUGAUAGAACCCAUCUAAUGAAUUCAGCUAAACUAAUGAACAUUCCUAAUGCUGAAGGGCCAUCGGAGAGACAGGUUGACGCCAGAGACCCACGCACAACCCCAACCAGUAAACCUCAGAUGCCACAUCUCGCUAAUCCGAGUGGUUAUGCACAAGAUAUGUGUGAACCACAAACCCCCGACUGCCCCCAAACGUUUGCAGAGGAUGCAGAAGACCCAAUACACACAGGUUUUUCAAGACCUGCUCCAACACACUCUCAGGGCCCAGCACAUGGGGCAAUGCAUGGCCGGUUUGAAGGACAGCAGUAUACUGAAAUCGAGGGUCAACCAAGAGGGCUUCAAAAAUUCAGAGGACGAAGAAGAGGCAUCGUGGGCCCAUUUUAUGCCAGGGGUCAUAGAAAUAAUGCACAAGUAAGGGGACCGAACUUUGAUUCACCACAACAGUUUUUGGGCCAAAGAGAACCAUCUCUUGGUUUACAUAGACGGAGAAGACCUUCACCUCAAAACUGUGACCGUUUUGAUGAUCAUACUGAAACCCAUUCAUCUGAUUUUCCCGACCCUUCCACUACUACCCCCCCUCAUUUCACAAAACCACAGCAUAAGCAUUUGGGGCGGCCACCUGCAAAUUUGGAGAGCAGGCUCAGACAGACUAAUAUACGCCCUUUACGACUAUCAGGUCCACUACUCCCCACUCCUCCCGGAGGUCCCAUUAGGAGGAACCUCUCCCGGGGGCGCGGACAGAACACUCAGAAUGAAUGUCACAGGGACUAUUUGACAUAAGAGAAGGUCGUGUCACACAAGAUGUUAAUGGAUGCUGUAUUCAUGAAGAGAAGCAAAGAAUUCGUAACCGUUUUAAACGUCUGCAGGAGGAACAGAGUGUUGAGUGUGAAAGUAGACAGUAGGAACCAAGUGUUCAAGAGGACGAAAUGGCAUAUCUGAAGACACAACAGAGAAGGAAAAUACUGAAGAGGAGACUUGUUUAAAAUAUUAUUUUUUUAAUAUAGAGGAGACGCUAGAGCACUUGGCUGCAGACUAUGUAGAAAUGAUAGGAGCAGGUCUUGCAGUGUUUGGCGGAGUAGUCCAGAUUUAAACUGUCAGGUGCUGCAAAAUUGUAAUAAAGAAAGACUUCAGUUCAGUUUGCAGAAUGUUCAGAAUUAGAAUGGAUUGAAUAAAGGAACAAGACAACCCCUUUGCAAGUUUGAAUAUUUACCAGUUCAAGCAUAAAUAGACCUUGUUAUACACCAGUACACUAUUUGUGUGUUCAUCCUCUGUUCUGGAAAGUCAAGCAGUUUUUGUUAAAUCGGUUUAAAUCUUCUUGAAAGGCUGCAGGUUUGUUCAUCCUUCCGCACCACCUCAAUUCAAAUGGAUUACUGGAAAAUGUUUUGGUUUGUAUUGUAGAAGCAGGACAUGGUCAUGUCAACUACUGACAGAUAUUUUUCUCUUGCAAUGACAAAAAGUUCUAGUGAGCUAUAAAUAGCAGUGUACAUUUGUCCAUAGAUUUUUAUGUAAUUUUCUAAAUGUAUAUUUGUAAGUAAUUCAGAGCCUCAAAAGAUCGAAUCUUUUGGAACGUCCACUGAUUUCAUUUAUUAAACAUCUGAACCACAAAACCUGACCAGUGCACAUGAUUGUCUCUAAUUGUGUGCCUUCGACCAAAAUUAAAAUUCUGGUUGUGUGAUUACCCUUGUGUGGUUUCAGUAGUUUUUUCUUCUGCAGAAUACAAAAUUAUAUGUUUUGUAGAAAAUUGGGAAUCAAGCAACAGGAACAGUCGACUUUCAUUGAAUGCACAAAAAACAUUUGUUUCAAGUCUUUUAUUUACUUUUUUUUUAUGUUGAUGACAAAAUAAAAACUGGAGCAUUGGAGUGUC